UGAAUAAUAUUAGCCAUUGGGCAUAGAUGUCGUCACUGUUUCCUGUUUAGAUAGUUUGGCGAGAAAUUUGAGUAAAAAUUUUACGUUAAUCGCUCUCGUGAUUUCAAAAAUUUCUAAAAAAUAGUAAUUGAAUAGUUCUGAAUCCAAAAAAAAUACAGUGAGUAAUAAGGGAGUGUAUAUUUUGCAGAGAUUAUGUCGCGAAGAAGAUUGUGUAGUCAAGAAAUUGAAGAUUUCUUGAAUAUCCCUUCUGGGAGUGAAGAUGAGGAGGAUUUUUCUGAUGCUGGAAGUGAUGAUGACAUCGAAAAAAUUCAGUCAAUCCAAAACAUUAUAUCUGAAUCACUUAGAGACGAGGACAUUUCAUUAUCGCCGCAAAGACGAUCUUUGUCUCCUGCCAACGAGGAUGUUCAUGUUGUGAAUAUUUUACGGGACAGGUCAGAAAUAUCAGACCCGCAGCCUAGCACAUCAGAGACAACUACAGGUACCUUUAGACAAUCACGGGCACUUGGGCGAUCAUCAAAUAGAACCCCUAGUUCUACGUCUGUUGCCAAAAGAAAUAAAAGGAGAUUCAUUUGGAGAAAAACAACAUUUCAUUCACCUCAUUCUACAUUUACUGGAGACACAAGUUUACAGUCACCAAUUAUAGACUUUGAAACUCCCCUUCAAUAUUUUUCGUGGUUCUUUGAUGACGACUUACUUGGGCAUAUUGUAGAAGAAAUGCACAAAUUUAGUAUCCAAAAAGAUUCCUCAAAGCCAUUUACAAUUUCAGUUAUUCAAUUGAAAAAGUUUUUAGGUAUUUGUCUGAUUAUGAGCUUGGCACCAUUACCAAAUAUUCGAAUGUAUUGGGCAACUGAAUUGGGUGUUCCUCUGAUUAUGGAAACAAUGUCACUAAAUGAUUUUAAAAAAAUCUGCCAGUUCCUACAUUUUAACGAUAACUCUACACAACCACCGUCAGAUAAUCCCAGGUAUGAUCGUUUGCAUAAGAUUAGACCAAUAUUAGAAACAUUGAAAAAAAAAUGUCAAAGUGUGCCUAAGCGGGAGGCCCUAUCCGUUGACGAACAAAUGUGCGCCACGAAAGCAUCCAAUCUUCUUCGACAAUACCUGCCGAACAAGCCACAUAAAUGGGGCUAUAAGCUACUGAUGCUUUGCGAUGAUCGUGGCUUUGCUUACGAUUUCGAAAUUUAUUCCGGAAUGGAGAAUGAUCCCGCACGAAGAGAUUCCAGUGAACCAGACUUAGGAGCAAGUUCAAAUAUCGUAGUACGCUUAGCUAGAUCAAUACCAAGGAAUCAAAAUUACAAGUUAUUUUUUGAUAACUAUUAUACGUCAACGGAAUUAAUUGCUUAUUUGGCCAAAGAAGGGAUACAGUCGCUAGGAACUGUCAACAAAGGUCGCUUCGGAAAAGAUCUCAAAAUACCUACCAUCAAAGACCUAAAAAAGGAGAAGAUUCAGAGGGGUUAUUCAGAGGAAUGGGUGGCAAACUGUGAUAAUACAGAUAUUGUAACCGUUUUGUGGUACGAUAACAAGCCGGUCGUUUUAUCGUCAUCUUUUGUGGGCGUAGAGCCAAAAGAAUCUGUAAGAAGAUAUUGCAAGAAAGAGAAAAAGUAUAUUCAAGUAGAUUGCCCCAAAAUAAUCAAAACAUAUAACCAGCAUAUGGGUGGUGUCGACCUUCUAGAUUCUUUCCUAGGGAAAUAUAAAAUAAAAAUUAGGACUCGUAAAUGGUAUUUGAGACUAUUUUAUCAUCUUCUUGAUAUUACUCUGAUCAAUAGCUGGUUAUUGUACAAAAGAGUUGGGGAACAGAAUAACACGCCAGUUCUACUAAAACAAAAAGAUUUCAAAUUUGAGGUAGGCAAAAGUUUAUGUAUGUUUGGGCCAUCCAUGAACAAGAAGAGAGGUAGACCAUCAUUAGUGUCUGAAGAAAUUGAGAAGAAAAGAAAGAAGCCCAAUACUGCAAUCCUACCUCCUCGUGAUGUCAGACGUGAUGGGUUUGAGCAUUUUCCCGUCUGGGGUGAAAAAAGACAAAGAUGCAAAUAUCCUGGUUGCAAAGGCAAAACCUUUAUUUUUUGUGAGAAAUGUCGGGUAGAACUUUGCCUGAAUAAAGAUAAUAACUGUUUCCGAAACUUUCAUACAUAGCUUUUAUAAACAUAAUUGUUCCUUAUUUAAUUUUGUUUCAGACAAGAUAAUGUUCUUUUUUCUUAUGUUAAUAAGUCUAAAAUAAAAAAAGCUUGUAAUAAUUAAAAUAAGAUACUAUUUCCUAAUAAUUACGUUUCAAUGUAAUUCAGUACUAAAUAGUAUAG